UGGGCCGGGCGACAUGGGAAUUGACGUUAAAGGAGUUGCCUGCGGCAUCCCGUUUGUUGUGCAGUGUAAAAAUUGGAGAAGGAAAAUAGGUCGCCCGGCGGCGUACGAAUUGGAGGGGGUUCUCCUGAGGCAGGCAAAGGAGACGAUUGGCAUCGUGGCUGGCCGAUCGAAAGAAGCUGGCUUCGCGCCUGGUGCGUGGACCGCAGCUAAUACGUCGAUAUUUAAUAUUGUUCUCACGGAUGUGGCUAAUAUUAUAGAGGAUUUGUCACUAGUCGCUG